UUUUUAAAAAAAUUCUCUUUUAUGCAUGACUUAGAUGUUCCUAAAGAAAUUAAUGCUAAAAAAAUGCUGGGUGGGUCUAGGCCCAUGGGCCUUGCUAGUAUGAUCUUGUACCUUGUUCAAAUUCAAAGAAUAACGGGCACACAUUAUAAAAGGGGAAAAAAGAGAGUUAACGACGUCGUUUGGUAUACCGUCAUAGUCCAAGCAGCUCUAUACGCAGCGUUUUGUUCCUUCUCUUCCUCGGCGCCUGCUCUCCGUUUCACUGCAGAACCUCCACCGAAGUUCCAACUCUCGGACAGUGAGAACGAAGCGAACAAAAAAGAGGGCGAAGGAAAUGAGGUUCAAUUUUGAAUUAUCGGAGCCGAACGGGGAGACUCGCGGGUCUCUCACUCCCAAGAGCGAUGUCCAGUGGGUCCCCUUACAGAACCAUCCCGUCUUUUCCUCCGAAACAGUCUGCGACGGAGGAAAGGCCCGAACACCGAGGAAUCUUCUGGCGUGGGACCGAGCUUCCAGGCUGUACUUCUGGGACCCUAACAAGCAAUGCCUUCAUCGGAUCUCCAUUCGCCUCGGCGACCCCGACCCUGCCUCCGUUCUCGCUGCUUGUCCCUCUAAGGUCCUGCAAGCAAAUGUGCUGCCAGAUUUUGAGGUGAAUGAAAUCUCCAUCAACAGAAACGGCUCAGCAUUGUUCCUUACUGGUUCUGGGGGUCUAUGUGUCAUGUACCUCUAUGGACGUUCUUGUGAAGAUAACACGAUUCUUUGCAGGACGGUUUCAAUUGGUUCAGAAAUCUAUGCAUGUGGUAGCGAUGCAAUACGUGCACUACGAGUUGCUUGGCACCCUUACAGUGAUACCCAUUUGGGUAUCCUUUCUUCUGAUUCAGUUUUCAGGCUUUUUGAUUUGUCUACGAAUCUAGUACAACCGGAACAGGAGUACUAUCUACAGCCUGUUGCACUGGGUAGAUCUAGAAAUGCUGCAUCAAUAUACCCGGUUGAUUUUUCUUUUGGUGGAGACCACUUGUGGGACAGGUUUAGUGUUUUUGUAUUAUUCACUGAUGGUUCAAUUUACAUCCUUUGUCCCAUUGUACCGUUUGGAAGUGUGUACAAAUGGGAGUCAAUGCUGGAAAUAUAUAGUGAUGCUCAGGCCUUUGGGCUUAAAUCAACCAAUUCAAUAGCUGUCAUUAAUUCUAGAUUGGCAAUUUCGUGGUUGGAAGCAACAUUUCCCGACCUCGUAGCAGGCCAGGCAGCAGAAGGGGAAGAUGUACCUACCCUAAAAGCUCAUCCUUAUGCUUUGUUUGAUGCAUCACUUUCUUUGCAGGGACCUCUAUAUAAAGUAUGCUGUGGUGAAGAAGACGCCAAAUUAGCUAUUCGUGGCAAAGAAUGUGAAGGUCGUGCUGUCAGUUUGCUCUAUAAUUUGGUCAGCAAAGACUCACUUCUGGUGACUGCAUGGAGUGGUGGGCAGUUGCAAAUAGAUGCCCUAGCUGAUGAAAUCCAGCCCGUCUGGGCUCUUGGCAGCCCAACUCGUCUUCGUGUUGAUCCCCAUGACCACAUUCUUGGUCUUGCUAUGAUUUGUGACUCAAUCUCAGAUGAGUCCCGUGUUGUGAAGCUGGAUGAAUCGCUUGAUCAUACUGUUUGGCUUGGGCAUCCUCCGCCUUUGUUGAGACUUGCUAUUGUAGAUUUGGCAUUGCCUAGAAAAAGAGAAAGCGGUUCUCUUAUUUCAAUGCUUGUCGACCCUAUUAUGCCUGAAAGAAUAUUUUCUGUCCAUGAUGGAGUGGAUUCUAUAGUAUUGCAUUUUCUCCCAUUCACUAAUCCAUCCAGUGGGAAAGAUGAUACCAUCAGAACUCCCUCUGUGCAUCCUGUUCUAAGUACCUGCCUAGGGGAAACCUCCUCACCAUCUCCUCUUUGUGGAUUUAUGUCAAUGUCAGAUUCAUUUGGGUACUCAUGGGUUUUGGGAGUCACUUCCACUUUAGAAUGUAUAGUGCUAGAGAUGAAAACUUGGAAUUUAUUGUUUCCUAUACAACUCGAUGCGGAGAAAAAACUGUUUGGCUCAGAAGAAUGGAAAGAGAGAGAUACUCCAGAUAUCUUGAGUAAAGAACUUCUCACUGGCCCUAAGGUGGUCCUUGUUCCUCAGGCCUCACCAAAUUUACGUUCUGUUGCAGCAGAUUCUAUUGAAGGCCGCUCAACUCUUCACCAGUAUUACAAGCUUUUUCAUGAAAAUUAUGUGGAAUAUGCACAUAAGGUGCACUUUGAGCUCAAGCAUCAUGCACCUCACCUGAAGAAAAUCAUUGAUGAUCUGUAUGGUCGCCUGGUUGGGGCACAAGAGAAACUUUUGAAAGUAGAGGAGAAACAGUCAGGAUUAGAUGACAGAAUCAAUUGUGCAGUUCAACAGCAGAAUGUUCUGGAACAGCGGUUACAACGGUUGAGGAAUUUGCCUGGAGCUCACAGGAGACCUUUGUCUAGAGCAGAGCGCAAAUUUAAGUCUGAGCUUGACCAAUUUACAGGAGUUGAAUUGGAUACUUUGCAUUCUUCCGUCGAAGCAUUAAGAGCAAGAAUAAGAAGGCGCGCACAAAAUUCAAAGCGCAGUUCACUCAAUCAGCAAAGACAAAUACAUGCUAAGAAUCAUGUCGAAAAUGCACAAAUAUCACAGCUGAAAUCUGCAGUUGAAAAACUUGCACUUGUCAAUAGUGAGACUUCGAAGAAGGUUAAGCUUGUUGAAUCUGCAUUACGAAGCCAGGAAAGCAGCAGAUGAUGAAUCUGCUCUUCAAUGCUAGCAUCUGAAGUGUUCAAUAUGAUGAGGUCAGGAGAUUUGCAUAAUUGCCUCUGGUGGUUCACAUUGCCUCCAUGGCAAAGCUCAUGCCAAAUGAAGCGUCCUAGCAAUUUGGAUUACGCUGGCCCUGGUAACGCUCUUGGAUCAUUUUUGGCACAUUAAUCUUGUGACAAAAAACUUGUUGCAUGUAUCUAAAGCAUAUAACAAGGAUCAGGUCUACAACAAGGUGGAGAUAUUGAUUCGUCUUUCUUUCGUUGAUGUAAAAAACAAGAAGAUUUUACCUGUUUUAUGUUGGAGGAAAUGUUAGUGACUUUGCAGGAGAUUGUGAAGUUCACCAGAGGACGAACUGAAAGUUGGAAAGGGUAGAAUGUUCUCUCUUUUUUCUGUGAACCUUUCUGCCAUGACCUGCAAGUCAAUAACAUCCCUAACAAUGAUCAGUUUA